AUGCAGCCUCCCUCCAGCCAACCCACGUCCAGCCCACGCCCAGUGCUGGUCCCACUCCAAUUGGAGAUCCUGCCGCAGCCAUCGGCGUCCCAUAUUGCCGGUAUGCACUCGAUUGAAUGUGGAAGAGCAAGAGUCCUCAGCCCUGUUCGUGACGGCGGCGGGGAAGGCGACCCUAGCAAGCCGAAGGCACUCCGCCUGCCCGCUGCCAUCGCCCAUAAUCUGAGCAUCGAUCUAGAUCUGGGUAUGCACGAUUACCCAGGCUUUCGAACUGAACGGUUCAGUAGUUGGAGCCUAUGCAACACGAUACGUGUACCCACUAGCCCGUCGCGGCGAAUCAAAAUGACCAUGCCCAUCGCAGCGCUGCAUAACCACGUUGGCGUCACUGGCGAUGUCCGAGAGGGCACGAGAGAGCAAACUGCAAACACCCGGGCUUUCUCAGAGCGUGCGCAUCCCACAGCGAUGGGUCCUUGCCUGCGGUUCAUCCGCAUGGGUGUGCUGCGGGUAAUUGGAUACCGUCAGAACACUGAACCUGCAUGCACUCAGAAGAGCGGGUUAGUAAAUCCAUCAUUGGUUCGUCACCGACCGCCGAAGGGUUCGGUGGUCGUAUUCAAGUCCCACGCCGAGCUUGACGGGAAGGCGAUCUUCGCUAGGGAAAGGUCUCCGUCGAGGCGUUGA